AUGCCGGCCGCGCUGUCCCGAGCCGUGUUUCGCGCACCGCGCGUCGCGCGCGCGCCGCGCCGCGCGCCGCGCGCGCGCGCGCGACGCGCGCGGACGUUCGCCGAACCGGAGAAGUCGUCCGAGGGCGAAUACGGGCUGAAUCCGCUCACGGGGGAGCCGCUGGAAGCGAAAGGGCAACUCACCGCCAUCGUCACGGGCGUCGUGAGCGUCGCGCUGGCGCUCGGGUACUUGGCGUUGGUGCAGGUGAUGGACUCGAGGGAGAUGGUGGCGCCGCCCGAGGAGGCCUUCGGCGACGGGAGCGUGCGGCCGGCGGAUGAGCGGGCGCGUAGGGGGGAGUGA